GUCCAGCACAGGUGCCGCCUUUCCCUGGCAGCUUCUCCCGGAGGGGCAGCGCGGUCUGCCCCUGCAGCUCUGGGAUCUCCUCGUCUCCUCGGACAAGCGAAGGGCAGAGCGAGAGCGGACGGCGGAAGAUGCUGUGCCUCACGGUAGCCUUCCAGUUGCUGCUGGUGCUGGUGCUGUGCAGCCAGGGUACAGAGAGGUGUCCUUCAGCCUUCUGCGAGUGCUCUGACUGGGAGGAAUACAAAAUCACUUGCAGGGACAUCUACUUUAUUCCCAGCCUUCCGGAGGACACCCAGACCCUGAGGUUUUUGGAGACUCAUCUAAGAAAAAUUCCAAGUGACGCUUUUUCCAAUCUCCCCAACAUCUCUAGGAUUUACAUCUCUAUAGAUGAAACACUUCAGAGUCUGGAGGCCCAUUCCUUCAACAGUUUAAGCAAAGUCACUCACAUUGAAAUUCGAAAUCUUAGAAACUUGGAUUACAUAGAUGCAGAUGCCUUUAUGAACCUCCCACUUUUGAAAUACCUUGGUAUUUUUAACACUGGACUCAAAGUAUUUCCAGCCCUUAACAAAAUCUAUUCAUUUGAUGUGAAUUUUUUGCUUGAAAUUGCAGAUAAUCCUUAUAUGACUUCAGUGCCUGCAAAUGCUUUCCACGGGCUUUGUAAUGAAUCUCUCACCCUUAAACUCUACAAUAAUGGUUUUACCCAUAUUCAAGGCCAUGCUUUUAAUGGGACAAAUCUGGAUGCUAUCUAUCUGCACAAGAACAAAUACCUCAAAGUCAUCAAUGAUGAUGCAUUUCUAGGAGUGCACAGUGGACCAACUCUGCUGGACAUCUCCAGAACAGCUGUUGCCAACCUUCCUGCCAAAGGACUGGAAAGCUUAAAAGAACUAAUGGCCAAAAAUACAUGGACUUUAAAGAAAUUACCAGCUGUAAAAGUAUUUCUUCAGCUAAUGCGAGCUGACCUAUCAUAUCCAAGUCACUGCUGUGCUUUCAAGAGCUGGAAAAAAAAAAGUGGGAUCCUGGAGUACCUGAUGUGUAACCAGAGCACCCACGGCUUUCAUAAGAGAUCAGUCAAGACUCUCAGAGACCCAUUUUACAAAGAUUAUGCAGAAGAAUACACGGACCACACCAAUGCUGUGUAUGACACAAACACCAAGUUCACAGGUUUUCAUGAAAAUCCCCAUUAUUACAUUUAUUUGGAAGAGCGUAGAGAAGGAAGCCUUGGCUUUGGCAAAGAGCUCAAGAACCCUCAAAUGGAAGAUGUCCAGACCUUUGACAGUCAUUAUGACUAUCUCGUCUGUGGAGGCAAUGAAGAUGUAAUAUGUACGCCAGAGCCUGACGAGUUUAAUCCCUGUGAGGAUAUAAUGGGAUAUCAGUUUCUGAGGAUUGUGGUGUGGUUUGUGAAUCUGCUUGCCAUCCUAGGCAACAUUUUUGUCCUUUUCAUCCUUCUCACCAGUCAUUAUAAACUGACUGUACCUCGCUUUUUGAUGUGUAACUUGGCCUUUGCUGACUUUUGCAUGGGGUUAUACCUGCUUCUGAUUGCUUCAGUGGAUCUCUACACCAGGUCAGAGUACUAUAAUCAUGCCAUAGAGUGGCAGACUGGGCCUGGCUGCAACACAGCCGGGUUUUUCACGGUCUUUGCCAGUGAACUCUCUGUGUACACCCUGACUGUGAUCACCCUGGAGCGCUGGUAUGCCAUCACCUUCGCCAUGCGGCCCGACUGGAAGAUUCGCCUCCGGCACGCUGCGCUCAUCAUGCUGGGAGGGUGGCUCUCCUGCAUCCUGCUCGCCCUUCUGCCACUGCUUGGUGUCAGCAGCUACAGCAAAGUCAGCAUCUGCUUGCCAAUGGACACUGAAACACCAGUGGCUGAAGCCUACAUUGUCUUUGUUUUAAUAUGUAACAUUCUUGCUUUUGUCAUCAUUUGCAUCUGCUACAUAAAAAUCUACGUCACUGUGCGAAACCCCCAGUACAAGUCAGGGGACAAAGACACCAAAAUUGCCAAGCGGAUGGCUGUGUUGAUUUUCACAGACUUUCUGUGCAUGGCUCCCAUCUCUUUCCAUGCUUUAUCUGCCAUUAUGAGCAAACCACUGAUAACUGUCUCAAAUUCCAAGAUUUUGCUGGUACUUUUCUACCCACUCAAUUCUUGUGCUAACCCCUUUCUUUAUGCUAUUUUCACCAAAGCUUUCCGUAGAGAUGUGUUUAUCCUGCUAAGCAAGUUUGGUAUAUGUGAGCGUCAGGCUCAAGUCUACAGAGGUCAGACAGUCUCAGCCAAAAACAGCAGUGGGUCAUAUGGGCAGAGAAUCAGCCGAGGGAUAGGUCAGAUUCUUACAAGCAUUCAAGACCCAGUCAAUGAUUACCUUCCUGCUGUGACAAUGCAGAACCAAAUUCUCAUGGAAGAAUGGAAGCAAACUGAGCUAUAACAUCUCAAAGUAUCACAGCCAAAACCUGGUCAAGAGGUGAUUGUGCAUAUAGUGAAUCAAGUGAGAAGAUAAUAUUUUAUCCAUAGCCUUUUCCCCUAGAUUAUGCUUUGCUACAUAGAUGAAAGUACCUCCAGAGUGGUCUUCUUUUUGGCAAACCACUUAUUUGAACCUCUUAUCAGUGCAGGGCAAAACAUACGGUCCUGAUGAUAAUUCUAGAAGUAGAUGUGAAUACUCCACCUAAAUAGGAAAAAAAAAAAUCUCUAAACUGAGCAAAUAUAAAAUACACCCUCAUCUUAAAAAAAAAAAAAUGUAAGAAGCAGAAGCCAACAAUAAGACUUGGGGGUACUUAUAUAACUAAAAAACCCCAAACUGACGAAGUUUGAUAAUUAAAAUCAUAUUUUAAAAAAAAUUAAAAGUUGAAGCUCUCUAAUGCCUACAUGUCAAAAGGUUAUUUUUUUUUCUUAUAGCAAAUUUCUAAAAUUUCCACCAGGCCUAAAAUGGAUCAGAUUUCUUCUCAUUCUGUCAUCCUGACCUAAAGCAAAUCUAGUCCUUUGUACACUGUUCUUGGUUUAGUUUGGUGUGGUGGGACAAUAAGGUUCUUCAUACUGCCUUUACAGUGGUAAAAGGCAAAUCAUCACUGAUUUUGCAGCUGCUCAUAAGGUAACAAGUAAGAAACAUUAGGACAUUUGUGUCCCUUACUAUCACUCUUUCACUUUCUGAUAAAUGUAUUUCAGAGCUGGUUUAUUUGAAUUUGUUUUGAAGACCAGGUUACCCAGUCAAAUUAAUGAUGGCUGUUUGGGUAUUUUUUUUGGAUGAUCCAGUUGUUACCAUAUUUCAGUGCUGUUUUAGCUGAGCAUGUUUAUUGCUCUGAGCAUCCUGUAAUUCCUGCUUUCUUACCAUUUCUGCUGUCCCUACUUACCUCUCUCUUACAGGGUAGAACUUUCCUUUCAGCAUUUCUAUGUUGAGCUGCCUCAAACCGCAAUUUAGACCAAGGGAGUGGAUCUUGCCUUUAGGUUACUUCAUGCUACACAGUUUACUGCACUGCAGACUGACUCCUAGCUCCUCCAACACAUUUUAAUAACAUCUCUCUAUCUUGUAGUGAGAUCUGUUACCUGACCUUUGUAAUGUUUGCAGCACAGCUGGAAGAAUCACAGAGUUAUCUUCUGGCUGACCACAGCCUGGCUGUAGGUGGGACAUGUGCUCU